GAAACUUCGCUAGAAUUUACCUCGAGUUUGAUUCAGAACCUUCAACAAGACCGUUAUUUAAUAAAAUACAUCGUAUUUUACAAGAUUAUAGGUUUGUUUCCAUCAUUUGAGCACCAAAAGUAAUGUCUGGUAUAGCCUUAAGCCGUCUUGCACAGGAGCGGAAGGCUUGGCGGAAAGACCAUCCUUUUGGCUUUGUGGCUGUGCCGACCAAAAACCCCGAUGGGACCAUGAAUCUGAUGAACUGGGAAUGUGCCAUUCCUGGAAAGAAAGGGACUCCUUGGGAAGGGGGCCUGUUUAAACUGCGGAUGCUCUUUAAGGACGACUAUCCCUCUUCUCCACCCAAAUGUAAAUUUGAGCCUCCGCUAUUUCAUCCAAAUGUUUAUCCAUCUGGCACCGUCUGCCUAUCGAUCUUAGAAGAGGACAAAGACUGGCGGCCAGCCAUCACGAUCAAGCAGAUCUUGCUAGGAAUCCAAGAGCUCCUGAAUGAACCAAAUAUCCAGGAUCCGGCACAAGCUGAGGCAUACACGAUUUACUGCCAAAACAGAGUGGAAUAUGAGAAAAGGGUCCGAGCACAAGCCAAAAAGUUCUCCCCAUAGGCCUGAGGAGUUCCCACCCUAAUGGAAGGAAUGGGUUAUGACAAGGCAGCCGCCCCUGUCCCUUUUCUGUCCAUCUAAAAAAAAAAAAAGAAAAAAGAAAGAGAGGAAAAAAAAAAUCUUCAUUUUACACUAAUUUCCAACUGGACUUGAAAGAAAAAAAAAAAAAAGAAACUGAAUGUGUUGUGCCAUUUUCUAUCUAUUUGAUUCUGGACCCAACCAUGCACCCCCUGUUUUGCUUUUAACUGGCUGUGUUUUGUUUUUUGGUGAGACAGUUAUGUCACCAGAUCAGCCCCCCCCGCCCCAACCAGUUGUAAUUCAAGGCACAAGAGCUCCAUCCAGAAUGUGUCUGUAUGUGAGAUUGGAGGGUGGGGAGAGUAUCCAUCGUUUUUGUUUUUUUUUUUUUUUUCCCCCCAGUCUUUUUAGUUCUUCACGUGUGCAAAGAACGGCACAAUAAACAACUCUUAGUCCCGCGGAGAGACGCUAUAUUCCAGAAACGAGAAGGUAUGAACAUAAACGGCUUUCGGUUUUUUGUUGCUUUUGUUUUUUUUGUUUGUUUUUAUUUUUUUUUUUUUUCCUCCAGACCUCCUUUAGUCUCUUCCAUGGUUUUAAUGAUGUAAGACUUGCUAUUACUUAAAUGUCAGUAUUUCAACUGCUGUACAAUGAUACUUUUAUACUUUCUUGAUUUACAUAUAGUAUCUUUAGAAAACUUUCCAUUCCUGAUGCAGGCAGUUUACUCAGCAUGUCAUAAUAUACAGUUUGAUAGCAUUUUGUGCUGCCUUGGCCAUCUAAAUAUGUUUUUUGCAACGAAGGAGAGAGAAAAGGAAAAAAAAAAAAAAAAGAGGAAGGCCUGAGUCAACACAAAGGCAGGUUAGCUUAUCUCUGCGUCAGUGUCUUUGUGUUUAUAUGGUGUUUUGUUCAUGUAAGUGUUUAGAGU